AUGAACUAUGAAAUAACAGGCGACAAAAUCCGAGUGACACUUUCUGACGGCCACUCAUUUACACCAAGAGACCCAACACCCGAAGGAGAUAUAGUAAGCUAUUUUCGCUCCGUUAAUGAAGCGUCAGAUCUGGAAUGGCGUAACAAACUCGGCGAGGGCUUGGUCUUGUUAUUGAACGAGAAAAAGGGAACCAACAUUGAGCUACCAAAGAGAUUAAGUGCGUUUCCACGCGGAUAUGCUCUUUACGAGCACAUUAAAGAAACAGAUAAAUUCAAAAGAAAUGAUAAAUAUCUCUUUGGUCUCGGUGAGAAACGUUUUCGAUCACCCAAUGAAUUCGUUCCACACCUAUACUGGCUAGCAACGAACCGGGAAAGAAGAUGCCAAUGCAAAAUCUGCACAGGCGCAAAAUUAACUCCACAACUGGUGACCGUGAGUAAUAUCGGUAGUAGCAGUGGAAACCCCACCGAACCAAAACCUCAAAGACCCGCAAAAGGAAGAUCUGUUAAAGCCCCUUUAUUUCGAGUUGGUGAGAUUAUAUGGUUCAAUAUAUGCCAGGCGGCCGACUACAGAUUAGCGGCAUUUGGGGGCCUUAUUGAUCUCGAUAAAAGUAAAAACAAUAUUAAUGAUAUGCAGCAUAUAACAAAAUACUGGCCAUGCGUUGUACAUCGUGUGCAGAAACACGACAUCGAAAAUAGUGAUGACUUCGAAUUUCGAUAUACAAUAAAGCUUUUGGCGUUGCCACUUAACGAGACUGUGUCAGAGAGGUCACUACGUCCUUGGAUAUCCUAUCAACCACGAAUGCCAACCAGCAUAUUCGCAAACACAUCAUCAGAAAAUGCCAUAAUCGAAGCGAGUCGUGGCACUCUCAGUGAGUUCAUUCAACCUUAUGAAAAAGCCAUAUCCAUAGCACGACGGAUCGUGCAAUCAUAUUGCCCGAUGAAACCUUAUUUCUAUUCCGAGUCACAAGAAAGCAAUUUCGCCAACGACAGAGACAAAACGCACCUGAGACAAAUGAGUUCUUUUCAACAUUACCGUGAAAUGUACAUUGGGGCAGAGAAAGUCCGCGAAUUUGACUUCUUAAGACUUUAUCCUGACGAUGCUCAAACAUCAGCUUUCGCAGCAAGUUCCUCUUCUUCCAAGGUAAAGGAUGGAUCUAGUAUCAAAAAGGACAAUUAUUUUAUGAUUUCGACAAUUUUUUACAAUCCUGCGAAAGGAAUACAGUUUACUGGGGAUUUAUAUGAAAUGGGUAGAUCUACUAUAGAUAAUCCUCGAUACAUUGAUGAUUUUCAAUGGAUACCAUUAAACGAACAAUACGAGGAAUAUACAAUCGAUUUGGCAGACGUCAUGGGACGUUUUUACGUGUCUUUUCCACAUUUGAACCAUCCGAUGUCUAUACAACAUAACCGCAUGAAAACUGAAAUUGAGCGAGAUGAACUGCUGUAUCCCGACGCGCCACCAUUUUCUUCUCAGACUGAAGACGAGAAUUUCAAUGCCGAAAUAGAUCGUCUAAUUAUGAAAUCACUUUCUCCCAAAAUGCAUGAGAAGCGCUCUGUACAAAAUCUUCAAUUAAGUCCGAGCAGCAGCAAAAGACAAAAGAUCAACAAUAGCUUCAAUAUUAAAAGUAUGGCCAAAGAAUCCGGUAGUAAACCGGUUGAUGAGGUCGUAGUAAUCGACAGUGAUUCCUCCGAGGAAAAAAUAGAUAUAUCUCAUACGCCAAGGAAAAAUAAUACAUCGUCAAGAUCUACCCAAAAUCAUUCAAUCAGGUCCACAGAUUUGACUGUCACAAAUGAAGAUCAUGUUAAUUCUAGAGAGAAUAUUGGUUGGAGCGGUAAAAUAACGUGGCCAAAGUCUCCCGAUGGAAGAACUUUGCUUGCGGCGCCUGAGUUGCCUUUACAAAUACCUGCGGAAAUGAAUUGGGAGCAUGGUAUUGAAAUUCGAGCAAAGUCAUUUCCACUUGCCUCUAAUCGAAGUUGUGAUAUCUUUGAACAUUUCCCACGAAAUUUGACCAUAUCGGCCAUCUCAAAUCUUGAUCCAUUUGAAGCAUAUGAUCAGACAAUGGGAGAUUUGGUUCACUUUUGUUUGGAUCCAGAUUUUCCUUUUCCGUUCAUCAAUCGCCUACACUUUAAUGCACUAGCGAAAACACUGUUCUCUAACAUGAUGUCUGUAGUUGUCGUUUUUGGACCUCUUUCGAUCCUCUUAAAGUCGGAUGACGGCACCAACAUUCUUGGUCUUUGUUCUCUGCAACGCACCAACAACACCAAUACACCUAAUCAUCGUGCUACCAUCACUAAUAAUCCUCCAGCAUCAAACCACAUAAGAUGCAUAAACAAAAAAACCCAGCAAAAAGCCGUAAUCGACAUCUCGGAUGUGACAACCCUUGUGGAACUAUUCCGCAAGAUAAGCGAAGCAUUCAAUUUGUCUUUACAUGAUAAAACUCCCGAAGAAAUUCGCUUGAGAUUCAAAGACAACAACCAGGAAUUAUAUCUUAUUCUUCCAACGUUGUCCUCACCUAAGCAAGCUUAUGGUAAUGACGACAGUUUUGGCCGAAAUCCAAAGUAUACUCAUUCUCUGGAUUUUGUUAAAAAGCAUGCUAAGAUUUUGAUAUUCGAGUUGUGA